CUGUUGUUUGCUCUCUUUUUGUUCUGUUUUUGUUCUCAUCCAUCCCCAUAUCCGCCAUCGCCUCUCUCCUCUCAUACAACGGCGUGCACCAAUCCCCACUUCUCCAUGGCCGAUACAGGCUCCUCUUCACAGACGGGAGGAUCGUCCGCUGUCCCGCAAUCAGUGAACCGAUUCUCUGUCUCUCGGAAUCCGCUCUCAGGGAUCUCUCGCUUUGUCGACUACCACAGUGAUGACAGUGACAAUGACGACGCCACUGCCCCGCAACCAGUGAAAACCCCUCAUUCUAUCAAUCCGCUCUCAGAUAUCCGUGACUUCAUCAAUCGCCCGAUCGCCACUGCUACUGCAUCGCGGGCCGGCUCUGCACAACACAAAGACAAAACUUCUGCACGACUCAAGACAAAGCUCCCGCAGCCCCUCCCCCCUCGCAAUCUUCUGUUCCCAAUGCGUACCCCUCUGGUCUCGGCCAUCCUGCGAAUGGGAAUCUCAAAGGUCCUCUGCGGUUGGUCCCGUUCAACCUUACAACAUCCCACAGCUAUCCCAACGGUUUCACGAUCAAGCCAUACAAGGGUGUGGAUCAAGAUUGGAUGGGUUUAUGCUGGACCGAUUGCUAUCGCAAAAUCCCAGACGAACCUGAAUUUCAAGCCGACCACGUUGUCUUGUAUCUCCGUGAAUUCUGCGUUCCUCCCAAGGCUGUAUACCCAACUAAGUGGAGGACGAACGUGGACUUCUCCCAGACUUCUUUCUAUGUUUCUCUGGAAAAGGAGUUCACGGAUUUGGAGAUUGUGCAAUCUGUCAGGGAUCAUGACCCCGAAGUGAAAGCUGCAUCCAUGAUGUCGACGGAGCUUGGCGCCACAAAGUCAGAUGUCUGUCUAACAGGGUAUCACAUUGAAAACUCGCGGAAGAGACGUAUCGAAAAGAGCCCGCGGGCGGCGGAAAUCUGGGAGAUACCGAUCGCCCCCUCGAAGCCCUCUACGCUAUCAUCGAGCUCAAGUGGGUUCCUUGGGCAGGAGAAAGUAAGCUCGAUCUACGGAACCUCGACCUACACCUCAAAGACCUCGACUACGCAAACGUGGAGGCCAUCGCUCAGACAGUCUUACAGCCUACUUGGUUAUGACCUCUCAAAGUGUCGUUCGGCUAUGGCGUCGGUCAACGGGAAUUACACUCGUAUCUUGAACCUGACUCAUCUCGUGCCAGAAGGAGAAGAGGUAGUUUGGGAGGGCGUCACUCUAAAAGGAGACAGUGGUCGGAGCAUCUUAGUCGAAGCCGAUCCAAAUGUUGUCGCCGAGUUGAGGCGCCGCGACCUUCAUUGCGUGUCUCCAGAGCAAUUUGGCGUACUCGCGGGAGGAGAUCCUUUGUUCGGUAUGCAGUGGAAAGCACCGAACUCACUCAUCGCAAAAUACGAGGAUUGGAGCUUGGAUCUAAAGGCUAAGGAUCGCCUCGAUGCCACUGUAUAUAUGAACCUCGCUCUCGCUACUCACCAUCCGGAGACCGCCCCAGAUCCUCCCAUCAACAAGCGUUCCCUCAAGAACGUCAUCGACGCGGACACCUCCGACGAAGUGGCAUCGCCUAGUAAAAGACAAAAAAGGGCCGAUGGCUCUGGACCGACCGAGUACUUUCUCCCCUCUCCUCCUAAAUCAAUGAUUGCAACUCCACCACCCUCGCCGUCUUCCUUUUCGACAAUAUCCUCAUGUUUCGAAAUUGAACAUCCAGUCAAUGUAGAGGAAUGGUGUUUGUCUGUCAAACAGGAGGCUUCUACCGAUCAAUCAUUCGUUGAUACGGCCAUCCAUCACAAACCUGUCACUUACACCACUGCCGAGAAAGUCUUUCCCCGGGAAUAUUGGGCCCACAGAGACUACAUCAACCACUUCUCGAGGCUUAGCGUAACCUUCGUGUUGGCUACGCCCACGGAGGUAGAUGUGUUGCUCGCGCGGGCGGCAAAAUUUGGCUGGGGUGGAGCGCAGGGGAGGGGGUAG